CCCGCAACCUCCAUGCUGACAUCUGUUCUUAUCUCCCUCCUCACCACCAAGCCUUGGGACAAUUAUUGCCACCCAUCACUGCCCGGCUCAUGACAUUUAUCAAGCAACAUGACCAGACGCACAGCUGAGCCAGCAAACCAAGGCCAUGGCCUAGGGGUCGCUUUGCCCAUCGUCAGAGACGACGAGGAAACGCACUUUCAUGACAUUACAGAAAUGCCGCUGCGCACUGCUGAAGCAGGACGUUUUCCAAAGCAACUUUUUUCCAUGGCUUAUGGCAUGACUAUCAAGGCUCCUGGCCAAAGCCAAAGUGCUGCUGCCAUCACUGCGACGAAAAAGAAAUUGUUCACCAUAAUCAAAACAGACCUCCUGAUACCUGGCGAUGGCGAGCCUUUCAGUGACGCGGCAUUGGUGAUAGAGAACAAGCUCAUUGCAUGGGUCGGCAAGCAGUCAGACGUCCCCGAUAAGUACAGCUCAGCGCCCCACCGCUCCUUCAGUAUCCCGUACCUCAUGCCCGGGCUGUGGGACUGCCACGUUCACUUCGGCGGCGGGAGCAUCACCGGCGAUGACGGGCCCGGCUACACGGGAAUGAUCACCAUGCAUCCGGCGGCGGGCGGCGCGCGGCUCGCCCGCGGGUGCUGGGAGGCCGUCCAGCGCGGGUACACGAGCCUGCGCGACUUGGGCGGCUUCGGGUGCGAGGUUGCGAAGGCAAUCAACGAGGGCGAGAUCGUGGGGCCGAAUAUCUACGGGGCUGGCGCCUGCCUCUCACAGACCGCGGGCCACGGUGACAUCUUCAACCUGCCCGCCGGGGUUGUAUAUGAAAACAUGGGGGUCAUGAAGGUCACCCCGGGCCAUUUUGGGUCGACUUUCAGCUGUAUCGUUGAUGGGGUCGAUGAGUGCCGCCGGGCGGUACGGUUGCAGAUCCGUAGGGGUGCAAAAUGCAUCAAAAUAUUGGCCUCGGGCGGGGUUUUGUCGAGAAACGAUGAAGUCCAGUACGCGCAGUUCAGCGAGGAAGAGCUCAGGGUCAUCGUUGAAGAGGCAGCGAGGCAGGGACGCUCCGUGGCGGCCCAUGUCCACUCGAAGGUGGGUAUUCUGGCCGCAGUCAAGGCUGGAGCGAGAACGGUUGAGCAUGUCUCCUUCGGUGACGAAGAGUGCAUUGACCUCAUCAAAAAGACUGGGACUGUCUACGUGGCUACCAGACUCAUUACAGAAUAUCUCCUGUCGACAGGGGGAGAGGGAUUGGACCCGUCAAGUUGGGAGAAGGCGAAACUCUGCGGUGCACAUCACCUAGCCUCUUACAAAUUGGCAAUACAAGCAGGCUGCACGUUCGCCUUGGGGACUGACACCCCUCCUGGUGUCAACAUGGCAUUGGAGCUCGAAUAUGCCGUCAAGGCUGGUCUUAGCAACCUUGAGGCCAUCAAGGCAGCCACUGCUAAUGGUCCCCUCACAAUCGGCGCACAGGCUCCCAGAACUGGUCAGCUCAAGGUUGGCUAUGAGGCAGAUAUCCUUGGCCUCACAGCGAACCCUGUUGAAGAUGUCCGUGUUCUACAAGAGAAGAACAAUAUCAAGUUCGUUUGGAAAGGAGGCAAGCUAUUCAAAGGGCCGGGUGUGGGCCCGUGGGGGGAGGACAGAUGGUGGGGAGAUGACUGGGUUUGAAAAGUAAUUGAUUUGUUUUCCAUGGAAUUUUCACGUUUUAGUUAUCUGGUUCCGCUUCCAUUCCGUAUACGCCAUGACCAUACACAGCACCUUCAUAUAGUGGUAAACGCUUAAAAACUCGGCUUCUUUUCUUGGAAAGAAGAAAGAAAGAAAAAGAAGAAAAAGAAACAUGCAUGAGAUUAAGAAUAUGAUAGGUGGAUUUAUGUAGAACGAGUG